GAGUGUGUGAAAGUGGAGAAGUAGAUUUUAUGCUUUUGAUAAUGAUAAUAAUGCGAUGGCGCUCCAAGCAAUACCGCUGAAUUACUCUUCUUCUUCCACACCGUGUCGUUCCUCUUCUCUGCAUUUUCCAGUUAUCAAACCCCAAAGCCACGCUUCGCUCAAAUUCCGAGUUUCUUGUUCCAACCAAACAACUCAAGUUGACACUGAAGAAGUGAAGGUAGCAAAGAAGAAAAAGAAGCACGCUCCCAGACCAAGCUUCUUUCAUCAAAUUCGAGAUAAAUGGUCCCUCAAAUUAGCUUCCCAAAGAGAAAAAUUCCCAUGGCAAGAACCACAGCACGACGAGGAGGAACAAAAAACAGCACUCAAAGAAGAAGAAGAAGAAGAGUGUGAGCAGGCUCAAAAGAAGCUUUCAGCUGUGGAUUUUCAAUUUCCGAAGCGUUUAUCUCCUUGGUCUCAGGCAAUAAACCCCAGCACUCCACAGUCAGAUACUGAAUCCGAUGCUUCCGAGGACGAGGAGGACAACGUCAAUGGCAAAGGUAAAGCGUUACAGAACAGCUUUCGCAGUUCUGUUACUGAAGAAAGAGAGGGAAUGGCGAGUGAAUCAGGAAGAAUGAAUGGGGAGAGGAAAGUGAGAAGAAGCAACACGGAGUUAGCGGAGAGGGUGAUUCCUGGACAUGAGUUGCGGAGGCUCAGAAAUGUUGCGUUGAGGAUGAUGGAAAGAUUCGAGGUUGGAGUGAGAGGCAUUACGCAAGAAUUGGUAGCUUCCGUUCACGAAAAGUGGAGAAAUAGUGAAGUUGUCAAGUUCAAGUUUGAUACUCCGCUCUCUGCUAACAUGAAAAGGGCUCAUCAAAUUCUAGAGAGCAAAACUGGAGGUAUAGUGAUAUGGCGAUCGGGCAGUUCCAUAGUGUUAUAUCGAGGAAUGACCUACAAGCUUCCCUGUGUAGAAUUGUAUACAAAGAUGAAUCAUACUAAGGAGAAUGUUGUGCACCACUCAGUUGAUGUUGGAAGUGGAAGUGAUGAUCAAGCAGGUGUGCAUGAAAUAGUUGGAACUACUGAAUCAUUUCUUGGAAACUCUGUUGAGUAUUUGAAGGACAUGACUGAAAAAGAAUUAAUGGAAUUGUGCGACCUCAACCAUUUGUUAGAUGAUUUGGGCCCACGAUUCAAAGAUUGGACAGGCCGUGAACCAUUGCCCGUUGAUGCAGACUUAUUACCUGCUGUAGUUCCAGGAUAUAAAACCCCAUUCCGACUUCUUCCUUAUGGGAUAAGGCAUUGUUUAAGCAACAAGGAUAUGACUAAAUUCCGUAGGCUUGCAAGAAUAACGGCUCCACACUUUGCCCUUGGCAGAAACAGAGAGUUGCAAGGUCUGGCAAGUGCUAUGGUGAAGCUGUGGGAAACGAGUGCUAUUGCAAAAAUUGCCAUCAAACGAGGUGUCCCCCAUACAUGCAAUGACAGGAUGGCUGAAGAACUCAGGGAAUUGACUGGGGGAACUCUACUUUCUAGAAAUAAGGAAUAUAUUGUAUUUUACAGGGGCAAUGACUUCUUGCCUCCUGUUGUCAUCAAUACACUGACUGAGAGACAGAAACUGACCCUCCUCCAACAAGAAGAGGAAGAGAAAGCAAGACAAAUAGCUUCAUCUAGUACUGUAUCAAAUAAUGAAGCAUCUCGAGUACCAUUAUUUGCUGGCACCCUUGCUGAGACUAGGGCAGCAACCACCAACUGGGGACACCAAACAAGUAAACAGGAUAUUGAGAACAUGAUGAGAGAUUCUGCCUUGAAUAAACUUUCUCUUUUAAUAAAAAACCAUGAGAAGAGACUUGCUCUGGCAAAAGCAAAGUUCAAGAAAGCUGAGAAGGCUCUGGCAAAAGUGCAGCGUGAUCUGGACCCAGCUGACAUUCCUACUGAUUUGGAAACAUUAACUGAUGAAGAGAGAUUUUUAUUUAGGAAGAUUGGUCUGAGUAUGAAGCCAUACUUUUUUCUAGGGAGGCGAGAUGUUUAUGCUGGCACCAUAGAAAACAUGCACCUACACUGGAAAUAUCGUGAGUUGGUAAAGAUAAUUGUAAGAGGGAAAAACGUGGCCCAAGUAAAGCAUAUCGCAAUAUCUUUGGAAGCUGAGAGUGGUGGGGUGCUAGUGUCUGUAGAUAAGGAUACCAGAGGCCACUAUACAAUUAUUGUUUAUCGUGGGAAGAACUAUUUCCGUCCGCAUGUUCUGAGACCCAAAAACUUGUUAACACGAAGACAGGCAUUGGCUCGAUCUACUGAGCUUCAAAGACGAGAGGCACUAAAACAUCAUAUCUCAGACUUAGAGGAGAGAAUUGAGUUACUGAAAUCUGAGCUGGAGGAUAUGAUGAAUGGAAAGGAAAUUGAUGGUGAAAAAACUCUAUACUCAACCCUGGAUAAUCUUGUUACUUCUGAAGAUGACUUGGAAGAGAAUGAAGGGAGUGAGAUUUAUUUUGAGGAAGAUGACAAUGAUGAUGAGGAUGCGAAACACCAAAACAAUCUACAUGACCUGGUAUACUAGCAAUGUAAUUGCAAUAGUUGCAGACUUUGAACAUUGUGAGUGACGAGAAAUGAAGAAAAAGGUGAAAGUACUGAAACUUGCAACUGAUGGAGGAAAGAUGAUAUCACAAUCACUUGAGCAAUGCCUGUUAUGCAUCCCACACUAAAAUUUUUCAAGAUUGUAGGGGAGCAGAAAAGAGAUAUUUUUUUGUUUUUUUUUUUUUCUCGUGAGCACCAUUUAUGGUAGGGGAAUUUUAUCAUACCUCGAAGGGGUAGGCUACCUAUAACAUGUGAACUGGUUACCUCAGUUGUAUGAAUGUCAAUUGCAUCAAUUGACAACUGAUUAAUUCAGUUGGAUAAAUGCUUAAUACUAUCCCUUGCGAGGUAUGUUGUGAUAACUGCUGUCCUUACAUAACAUGUUCAUAUUGCACUAAAUAAUGUGUGUCAAAAGGUAUGAUUUUCAGCGUUAACUAUUAAUCAUUUUAAGUCGUUUU